CCGUGAUCGGAGAUAGUGUGCUGUGCCUGCAGUGCAUAGCGAUGCUUUAGGGGAGCUCAAUGAAUGGAGCGGCUGAAGCUUGCUGCCUACGCGUCUUGUUGACGAGAUGCGUUAUUAGUAGCGGCGUGCUUUCGUCUUCUUGGCUUUUCUGUCCUUUCAAUCAGGACAAAUCAAAGAUAGAGAUCAACUUGUAGAUCAAUGCCGUCUACCUGCUUUUAAUUCUAUCUGUUUCUCUUCUUGCUAGUGUGAGUUGCUGCUGAAACGCUGGACAGUGCAAUAGAGCGCGAGGAGCGGAGAAGAGCUGCCGAGAUGCGAUUUUUUGGGGGUGGGAUAUGCUAUCUGUGUUCGACUUGAUGGAUGUGUCUUUCGAUGGCUUGAGAAGAUAAAGACAGACGUGGAAGUAAAAUUAAAUAAAUAAAUAAAUAAAUAAGAGGAAUAAAAAAAGAAAAAAACAACCAAUAUUUCCAGCAAAUGGUCGGCUGCUAUGUCCUGAUUGUGGAAAUAGUAUCAUGUAGAAAUGAAUCGACGACAUUGGAAUGGGACCUGCAGAGUUUGCACUAUGGAAAAUGGAAAUUGAAUUUGGGUUUCGUGAGAUGAGCUCUCGGAUUUUCGAGUGAGAAAAAAAAUGAAGGCAGAAAUCGGAGGAUAUGUUCAAAAAAAGCUCUGCAUGACACCAGCGUUUUCCUCGCAUUGCUCCAAAGAAUAUCUCUAUUCGUACAGACUUUACAGGUUAGAAAGUGGGAAAAAGAAAAUGCAUUUCCGCACUGGGCUGUGAUUAGAAAUCUAAUCAGAUUCUGCUGGCUGAAGUGUGCUGGAAAUAAUCAUCAUAAUAAUCAUAAAGUAGAGGAGAAAAUAAUUCGGCCCGAAAACACUAGAGCAAGAUGGUUUGGAAUUUACGGAUUUCAAUAAGGAGACCAGAAUGAGAUACCGGGAAAAAAUCUCAAAAUCGGAUAUGGUCGACAUCAAGUAAAGCUUUCCUUCUUUUUCGUGUUUUGAAUAAGACAGGAGCUUUGACAAAGCUUGGGAUUAAAAAUUAAAUAAAAUAAAAAUAAAUCAAGAAAAUGAGCUAGUGGAAAACUGGAUAAAAUAUAUUUAUACGUAAUUUAUAUUUAUUUAGAUAUAAUACAGCUACACGGUUUAAGUGCCAUUUGCAAAGUAUUCAUACCUGGAUCUGGAGUAAAAGUUUAUGCUUUGCUUGGAAUGGGGAAAAAAAAACCAACAAAAUGAAAUCUGAAAACUUCUGCUUCGUGGAUUUUUCUAAUCUGGAAAGCGCCUGGAUGUUCACUUGGAUUCGGCGAAAUUGAUUGAAAUUUUAGAUGGAUUUUCGUUGCAAUUGUCAGGGGGGAUGUUGAAGCAGACACCGCGGAUAUCUCAUGGUGAUUUGCCUCUUAAACCUGCGAGAAAGGAAAGGCAAGAAAAGUGAGUUUGAAUUCAGUGCAGCUGCAGACUUCUGAUUGCUCAUCAAAUGAACACACUUGUUUGGAGUUCACCAUCAGGAGUACAGAGUAUUUCUCACCCUGAAGAGGUCCUAAGCAGUCUGGUCGUGUCAUGAAAUGUUGGCAGGACGGCAAGGAGAUUCGGACAUCUGUGACUUAUCGAUUGCCCUAAACUACAGGAUUCCAAAGAGAGGACCACCAGCCAAUAAAUUAUGAAUGUUGAACAAGAUGAUAUCGCACCCGCAGCAGACGAUGAGAGGUCCUAGGUGGAACAGGGCCCUUUCCAACCCUUUACUUGUCCUGCUGUUAGCCCUUCAACUGCUCGUUGUGGCGGGCCUGGUUCGAGCUCAGACCUGUCCUUCAGUGUGUUCGUGUAGCAAUCAGUUCAGCAAGGUGAUUUGUACCCGCCGAGGGCUAAGGGAAGUACCUGACGGAAUCUCGACCAACACUCGGUACCUGAAUUUGCAGGAGAAUCAGAUUCAGGUGAUCAAAGUGGACAGUUUUAAGCAUCUGCGCCACCUGGAGAUUUUACAGCUCAGCAGGAACCACAUUCGUAGCAUUGAGAUUGGGGCCUUUAAUGGCCUGGCAAGCCUCAAUACCUUGGAGCUGUUUGAUAACCGACUAACUACGAUCCCCAAUGGGGCCUUUGAGUAUCUCUCUAAGCUGAAAGAGUUGUGGUUAAGGAACAACCCCAUUGAAAGCAUCCCCUCGUAUGCCUUCAACCGGGUUCCGUCGCUAAGGAGGCUUGAUUUGGGGGAGCUGAAACGUCUAUCCUACAUCUCAGAAGGGGCGUUUGAGGGUCUUUCCAACCUCAGGUACCUGAAUCUCGGAAUGUGCAACCUGAAGGAAAUUCCAAACCUUACUCCUCUGAUAAAGUUGGACGAGUUAGAGCUUUCUGGAAACCAGCUUUCUAUUAUCCGUCCGGGAUCCUUUCAACGGCUGACCCAUCUUCAGAAGCUGUGGAUGAUGCACGCCCAGAUACAGUCAAUUGAGAGGAACUCUUUUGACGACUUACAGUCCUUGAUAGAGCUGAAUUUGGCUCAUAACAACCUUACUUUGCUCCCACAUGACCUUUUUACCCCUCUUCACCAUCUGGAGAGAGUUCAUCUGCACCACAAUCCUUGGAACUGCAAUUGUGAUAUCCUUUGGCUCAGUUGGUGGCUCAAAGAGAUGGUGCCCGCGAACACUAGCUGUUGUGCACGUUGCCAUUCACCAUCCCUUCUUAAAGGGCGUUAUAUCGGAGAGCUGGACCAGAAUUAUUUUACCUGCUAUGCUCCUGUUAUUGUGGAGCCACCUGCUGAUCUCAAUUUGACAGAGGGCAUGCCGGCAGAGCUUAAAUGCCGAGCUUCCACUUCCUUGACUUCGGUUAGCUGGAUCACACCUAAUGGAACCAUAAUGACUCACGGGGCUUACAAGGUUCGCAUUUCGGUCCUUAAUGACGGGACGUUAAACUUCACCAACGUUACUGUGCAGGACACAGGGACGUACACCUGUAUGGUAAGCAACUCGGCUGGAAACACCACGGCGUCGGCCACGCUCAAUGUUUCUGCAACGGAAAACAGCACCUUUAGCUUCUUUACAACGGUUACGGUAGAAACCAUUGAACCCCCCUAUGAUGAGGGUAGGACCACAGAGCAAAGCGUGGGGCCGACGGCCUCUAACGGCUGGGUAACGGCCUUUGCCACUACUCCGCUUACAUCGAGGAGCACCAAGUCCACCGAGAAAACGUUUACGAUUCCAGUAACGGAGGUCGAUAAUGGCAGUCUAAAUGGACUGGAUGAGGUCAUGAAGACCACCAAGAUCAUCAUUGGCUGCUUCGUGGCCAUUACGCUGAUGGCCGCCGUCAUGCUAAUUAUUUUCUAUAAGAUGCGAAAACAGCACCACCGGCAAAACCACCAUGCCCCAACCAGGACAAUCGAGAUAAUAAACGUGGACGAUGAAAUCACGGGAGGCCCGGCCCUGGAGAGCCACCUGACUUUGCCCACACUGGAGCACGAACAUCUCAACCACUAUAACUCUUAUAAGACUCCUUUUAACCACACAACCAACACAAUCAAUUCCUUACACAGCUCCGCGCAUGAACCUUUGUUAAUCCGGGCAAACUCAAAAGACAAUGUUCAAGAGACCCAAAUCUGAUUUCUUUCAUAUUAAUAAUUACGCAAUCAAAAUAAAUUAAAAUAAGGACCUGCAGAAAAUGAGACAGUUUAUCAGUGACACCAACAACUAGGCUAUGUCUACUGUUUCGAAAAGUGUCUUUACAAAACAAAGAGUUUAUUUAUUAAAAAAGAGAAAGAAAAAAAUAAGAAAAUUAUUGUGAUUAAAACAAGAACAAGUCAUGCAUUCUACAAAAUGAUCCCAUUUUCGUAGCACUUGUUACUUUUUUCCUUUAUUUUGGUUUUUUAUUUCAUUUUUUGGUUUCAAUCCACCAUUGGGAAAUUGCGGUUUACAGAGAAUUUGGUGCUUGUAAACUCUGUGUAAACCUUCUAUUUCGACGGACAUAUUUAGGAACAUACCUCAGGUUUAUGCAUACUUUACACUGUUUUAAUCCAGUUUACAUGAUUUAGUUUGUUUCUGAAGAAAGUUAAGUGAAAUGAAAUGGAAAACUUUGAAAUUUUUAAGAAAAUGUGCCAAAUGUUGGGGUGCUGUGUAGCCACUCCAUCAAUAAGUUGCCAUUGUUAUAGCUGAUCUAUUAGUGGGAGGGGUUAUGGGGCGGGGCU